GCGCGCCUGCGUGCCGCGCCUGCGCGCUCAGUCAGACGCCGCGCAGACCCUGCGGACGUGCGCUUGCUGCCCUCGCUCCUUGAGGUGCGCGGCUGCUGGGCCCUUGCCGGCUCCAGGUGCCUCCAUUUGGAGGUCUUCCUGUUGAAUGCUGUGGCCAAAUCACUUUUCUCCAUUUUUGCCUCCAGUCCGUUCACUCCUUUCUCCAUGUUUGACUCCAGUCCUUUCACUCCUGGCCCACCAAUCCAUAAGAGACAUUUGAAGUUUAAGAACACUAUGGAGCUCAUCAGAGUGUGUUACUGAAAAAUAUGGAUGAAAACGAUUUUAAAAUGCUAAAGAUUCAGGAGUGUGUAGAAGCCAACAAAGUGCCUAGAAACAGGCCAUAUAUUUGCAAUAUUUGCUUCAAGCAGUUUGAAACACCAUCAAAACUGGCUAGACAUUAUCUCAUUCAUACUGGUCAAAAACCAUUUGAAUGUGAUGUUUGUCAUAAAACAUUUAGACAACUAGUUCAUCUGGAGAGGCAUCAGCUAACUCAUAAUCUGCCUUUUAAAUGUAGUAUUUGUCAACGCCACUUUAAAAAUCUGAAGACGUUUGUGAAGCACCAGCAACUUCACAAUGAAACCUAUCAGAAUGAUGUUAAGCAGGUCAGAAGAUUGCUGGAGGCCAAGCAAGAAAAGCCAGUAUAUGGAGUGUAUAACACUUUUACCAGCGAGGAGAGAUGGGCAUUACACUCAUGCACUAAGCCUGAUCCCACGUACAGUACAACGAAGAGAAGAAAGAGUAUUCAUGCAUGUACAAUCUGUGGCAAGAUGUUUCCGUCACAAUCAAAACUUGAUAGGCAUGCACUUAUUCAUACUGGUCAGAAGCCUUUUAAAUGUGUCCUGUGCAGUAAAUCUUUCCGACAGUCAACUCAUUUAAAAAUCCACCAACUCACACAUUCAGAAGAAAGACCUUUUCAAUGUUGUUUUUGUCAAAAAGGAUUUAAGAUUCAAAGCAAACUUCUGAAGCAUAAACAAAUCCAUACUAGGAAUAAGACUUUUCAGACUCUUUCAUUAAAGGUGAAGAGUCCAGAAUCAUGCCCCCUGCCUAAUAAAUUAAAUACAAAGCAAGAUGGUUUUGAAAAUGGCGAUAUGGGUGAAUCUGAGAAUAAUCCACUUGAUGUCCACUCUAUUUAUAUUGUCCCUUUUCAGUGUUCAGAGUGUGAAGAAUGUUUUGAAUCAGAGCAGAUUCUCAAUGGACACAAGUGUUUUCCUGCCAGAGGUGGCAAAAUUCCAAGGAGGCUCAAAAGAAGCUACAACUAUAAAACCAUUGUUAAAAAAAUCUUGGCCAAGCUUAGACGUGCUGGGGGUAAAAAAUUAGAUAACUUUCGAACAGAGAAAAAGGUAUUUAAAAACAGUUUUUUGAAAAAUAAUGAUCUAAUUUCUGGUGAGCAGAACUCUGAACAAGCCCAGAGAACAUUUGUGGGUUCUCUUGGCAAACAUGGAACAUUUAAAACAGUUGGUAAUAAAAAGAAGAAAAUAUUGACUUUGCCAUUUUCUUGGCAAAAGCAAUUCCAGAGCCAAAAUAUGGGGAAAAAUUUGAAAGAUGUCCUUAUGACAGAAAGCAUAUUAACUAUGGAUAGUUCAGUGAAUAAUAAAGACUUGUCCAUCUAUGGUUCAUCAGGUGAGGAACUCUUUAAUAACUGUGAAGUGCUUCAGUGUGGUUUUUCAGUUCCAAGUGAAAAUAUACAUAAUGGACAUAAGAUGUUUCCUUGUGACAAAUGUGAGAAAGUUUUUCCUUCUGUAUCCAAACUACAAAGACACUAUUUAAUUCAUACUGGACAGAGGCCUUUUGCCUGUAGUGAUUGUGGGAAAUCUUUUAGACAGUCAGCUCAUUUAAAAAGACAUAAAGAAACACAUAUUGAAAAGGGUGCAUAUAGUUCUCUUUACCAACUAGAUUUUGAAAAUAUGAACAAAUUUCUUAGUCAACAAGGUGAUAAUGUUAGCUGUAAUACUUCUGAACAAUGUCAGUCUCUUGGCUUUCAAAAAUAUGAGGUUUCAGAGUCAGGUCAGAUAUCUGAAAAAGAAGGUAAGGCAGAAUCAGAGGAUUUCAUUCUUGGUACCCAUUGUAGGAACAGACAACCCUAUCUUUCUAAUGCACUUUUGGAAUCAGAGCAAAGCCACCAUUGUUAUAGUUAUUCAGGGCAGCCUGAGAGAAAUGAUGGCCUCCUUUACCCAUGCAGUGUUUGUUGUAAAAGUUUCCGAUCUCCAUCUAAACUGGAAAGACAUUAUCUAAUUCAUGCAGGGCAGAAACCAUUUGAAUGCUCAGUUUGUGGCAAAACAUUCAGACAGGCGCCUCACUGGAAGAGACAUCAACUUACUCACUUUAAAGAACGACCACAAGAGAAAAUAGCUGUCUUAGAUUCAGUUAUGUAACUGAAAAUCAUCAACAUGCUUGUCUCUGGUGAUCUUUUAAAACAUUUUUAUCUAAAGCCCUGCAUAUUGAAUGAUUGCAUAGGCAGUUUCUUGUCCUAUGUGGUAAGGAGACAAGAUACAUAGAACAUUAAUACAAUGUUUUAGGAACAGCCAAAUUAAUUUUUAAAAGGAAGAACAUGGUUUAAUGUCAUAAAAUAAACAUUUAUUUUAAUAUUAUAAGCAUACUUAUAAUAUUGGAAGUUAUAAGUCCCUGUUACACAAGCAAUCUUUUUUCCCCCCUUUUGUUUGUGGUGCUGGGGAUUGAACCCAGGGCCUUGUGCAUGCAACGCAAGCACUCUACAAGUGAGCUAUAUCUCCAGCCCCACAACCUUAUUUUUGAAAGGAGUUAUUCCUUGAGACAUGCCGUCUCCUUUAAUAUAUAUAUUUAUAUAUAUAUAUAUAUAUGUGUGUGUGUGUGUGUACACACAAACACACUCAAAAGACUGAAAGGCAAAAAUGGCCUUUUAUUUGGAGCAAAUAGUGCCCCUGUAUUUUAUGUUACAUGAAAGCAAAAUUUUGUCCACCUGUAGCUCAAAUUUCAUUGGAAAACAUUUUUUUUUCUUAUAUAGGUUUUAAAAAUAUAGAUAUAAUGUGAAAGUGGAUGGGGAAAUUUACAACAUUAUUUUCAUAAGUCUUUUCAAAGUUAAUAGAUUAGGAUUGUGUGUUUAAUAUCCUUUUCCUUAGGGAUGAGGAUUUGGUUUUUUUGUCCUGUUAUUGUCUUUCCCCAAAAAACUUAAAAAUAUGAGAGGCUAGGCUAUAUCCACAUUUAUCAUAAUUCACCAGGAAUAUUUUCCAAGUGCCAUAUUUUUUUUAAUAAUAUGUACACAGUUUUAUCUUUUUAGAAGAAUAAAUGCAUUUCAUCUAUUUGCUUGUUAAUAGUUAACAGCAGUAAUUCACAAAAUUCUCAUCUAGAAAAAUGUAUUUCAAUAAGAUUUUUACAUUUAUUUUAGCAAAACUUUUAAUGCCUCUUUAAUUGAGUGGCUCUGUGAUUUAACUGAAUCUGUUCUAGGUUUGAUCAAAUGGCAUUGAAUAUAUGUAGUUUUAGUUUUUAUUCCUUUAUAAUUUUGCAAGAAAUACUAAGGAAUGUUACUUUGAUCCUUAUUAAGUUGUAUUUUGAUUAGUAAGGUAAUCAUUCCUGUAUAGGAAUAACAUAGUUGGUUAUACAUUUGCUAAACAGAAUUAUGAUUUGGGUAAUAUUUCAUUUAGUCAUAAACUAUGAGAAAGUUUAAAUCACAAACUGUCCUUCACAUGUGCCAUUGUUUAUAAAAAUCUUUAGGAAUGACAUUUUCUAGUAACAAAAGAAAUGAUUGUGUUUCUAAGGUGAAAGGAACAAGUGAGUAUUUAUCUUAGCAUACAAAUAUAGUGAAAAACCCUCUUUGAAAUGAACAGUUGUAAGUUUUGCAUUAUAUUCUAAGAACUGUCUUGUGGUGGUGGGCGGGUGGGAAGGGGAAGGGGUUUGGUCUGCUUGCUUUUACCACAAGUGAAUUUUAAGUAACUUGAGUUUAAUUUACAGAGAUGAAAUAGGACAACAUAAUACCCAGUGAUGUACAAAUGUGCCUGUUUUUAAGGAGAGGCAUUCUGCUAAAGCAAAGGAGAAUCACAAGAAUACUUUCUCAUGUUUCCUUGAGAAAUGUUUCUCCAGUGCAAGCAAGCUAUGGUUUACAGAAUUUGCUUUACACAAAACUCUUCAAUAACAUACCUAUUACAUAAAAUCAAGGAAUAAUUAGUUUAUAAUUUCUAAGAAUAAAAGUUCAAGAGUUAUUUCCAUAAUAUGUCUGAAAUUAUGGAUUUUGGGCUUAGGCUAUUUAUAUAAUUUUAUUUGAUGGAGAUGUCUUCUUUCCCAACCUAAAUAGGGAGAGUUCUGAGUGUUGUGCUUGUAUGACUGUAUGAGACUUUAUUUGCCUAAGUGAUGCAACUAUACUUUUUUUUUUGACCCAUGCCUUUUUAAGCUGUUUCAUAUUGAAAGUUGGAAAAUUGUAAAAAUUUUGUCAAAGAUAUACUGUAGUGCUAUUUGAAGUACCUGUAACGAAAUACUUAUUUACCUUUAUUAUCAGUACAAGCUUAUUAUGGAAACUUUAUAGGAAUGAAAAUAAAGUCAUGUCUGUGUUAAGAAGACUAAACAGUUGUUAAAUGAUGGUUUGCUGCAUGCUAGAACUAUUAGUGUUAUUGAAUCAAUUACUUUGGUUUUCUGGGAGGGGGGAGGUGGCUAUAAAUAUCUUCUAAAGAGAACUAGAAUUUUAGUUUAGGUGAUUCCAGGUUGUAGCAUGUUUGUUUACUGGAGGAAUUUGAUUAGCUAGAUUAGAAUUGUUUCUUGUUUUGUACUGCAAUAAGGUCUAUAAUUUUAAGAUAAAAAUGUAUGUAUUCAUGGGAGGUAGAUGGUGGUUAAAAUCUUGAAAAACCUCAGAAUAUUUUAAAAAUAAAGUUUCAAGUUACACAA